AUGGCAACGGAUACCUUUGAGGAGGUCGACUGCACAUGCUCUUACGGGAUGAAACUCAACUGGGACAUCAAUGACCCCAAAAUGCCUCAAGAGCCCAAACACUUUGAUCACUUCAGGGAAUGGCCAGAUGGUUACGUGCGCUUCAUCUACCAAGGAGAUGAGAAGAAUGCUCAGCGACAUCUCAGCGGCUGGGCCAUGCGGAACACCAACAACCACAAUUGCCAGAUCCUCAAGAAGUCUUGCCUUGGAGUGGUGGUGUGUGCCCGGAGCUGUUACCUACCAGAUGGCUCGAGGCUGCAGCUUCGCCCUGCCAUUUGUGAUAAAGCCCGGCAGAAGCAGCAAAAAAAAGCAUGUCCCAACUGUAAUUCAGCUUUAGAGUUGAUACCUUGUCGAGGUCAUAGUGGCUACCCAGUUACCAACUUCUGGAGGCUUGAUGGCAAGGCAAUAUUUUUCCAGGCCAAGGGAGUUCAUGAUCAUCCAAGACCAGAAAGCAAAUCUGAGACAGAGGCAAGAAGAAGUGCCAUUAAGAGACAAAUGUCAUCUCACCAGGCUCAAAAAAAGAGGAACACUGAGUCACAGAUUGAACAGUACCAAGACAGCAGUGGUCAUUUCACAAAUACGUUGUCCAGCUCAGAAAGCCUAGAAAGCUUUGGUAUAUUUACAGAUACCAGCUUCCCUAUUCCAGCUCAGCCUUACUCUUCCUUUCAAAAAUCUGAUCCUUACAAAGCUACCUACGACCCAGCCUGCUUUCAAGAAGACAUAAUUCCACCCUUUCAAAAAUGUCCAAAUCCUAGAAUCUAUAUGCCUAGGCCAACUUGUGGCUAUGAAUUUGCAGUCCCCAAUUACAUAAACACUAGCUCAUAUCCCAACCUCUACAAAGAUCCCAGUAAAAAACAUAGUGACGCAGACUGGACUUAUCUCAAUGGAUUACAGUGUAAUGUCAAUUCCUUUAGUGUCCAUGACCGGAACUUGGAUGUCUCCAGUAAACAUCAUGGGAGGAAAGCAAUUCUUGGGAAAACUGGCUGUGGGGAGACAAAUAACCAUGGACAGUUCCAGGCCUCUACUACUCACCCUUAUUAUAAUUCAGAAUAUUCCUGUGCUUACCUACAGAGUCCCUCACCAGCAGCUCCUGCUCUACAGACAGUGAUCACCACCACCACUAAAGUAUCCUAUCAAGCCUAUAAAUCACCUGUAGUGAAAUAUAACAACAAUGUAUGUGAUGUGAAAAACCUUCAGAGCUGUAACCAUAUGUCAGAUCGAACCCCAAGGACCAUCUAUCCAGAAGCCAAGAUUCAAGAUGACUGUCAAGAGGGCAAAUCCAUUUUGACAUAUGUUGAGGAACCAAUCCCAACCAAGGGAGAACAAGCUGAAGAAGCCUGGGAUGUGUAUCGAUGUGGGCUGGCCCCAGAAAACAAUUAUUCAGAUCAAGUAGGUCAGCCCUUUAGAUAUGAGAAUGAGGACUUCUGA